UAUAGUAUAAGUGUACAAAAAACUUGUGAUAUUAGGUGAUACAAGACAUUAUUAGUAUUUUAGGAAAGUGUGGAGCAGUAUGCUUUUAAGACCCAACAUCCGCAGGCGAAAAAUCAAAUUUCGUACUGACGGCAUAAUGUUAUAAUUGGAACUAAUCAUUAGCAUAUCUGAUCAUCAUUAUAUAAACAAACAUUGGGUAUCAUGGCUCAGGUAGGAGGCCAAAAGAGAAGGGGUAUUAGCGGUGGCGAGCCAUCAGCUUCGACAAGUUCCAGCACGCAGCUAUCGGCCAUUGGAACGGCGCCGGGCACGCUGACCGAUGAAUUGGCCGCCCUGUUUGAAUGUCCCGUUUGUUUCGAGAUCGUGCUUCCACCUAUCAUGCAGUGUCAGGUCGGCCAUCUGGUUUGUGCCAGCUGCAGGCCCAAGCUGUCCUGCUGUCCGACUUGCAGAGGAACCUUAGGUAAUAUCAGAAACCUAGCAAUGGAGAAGGUGGCAAACAACUUGAUGUUCCCUUGCAAACACAAGUCGACUGGUUGCCGAAUGUCUUUGGGGCUAAACGAAAAGGCCGAACACGAAGAGAUAUGCGAGUUCCGACCUUACAGUUGUCCAUGUCCUGGAGCUUCCUGCUCGUGGCAGGGUCAACUGGACAAGGUAAUGGUACACUUACAACACGCCCACAAAAACAUCACGACCUUAAACGGAGAGGACAUUGUGUUUCUAGCAACGGAAAUUAAUUUGGCUGGGGCGGUUGAUUGGGUAAUGAUGCAGAGCUGCUUUGGACAUCAUUUCAUGUUGGUGCUAGAAAAACAAGAGAAGAGUGACGGACAUACACAGUUCUUCGCCAUUGUACAGUUAAUAGGAUCUAGAAAACAAGCUGAACACUUUGCGUAUAGGUUAGAGUUAAAUGGAAAUAGAAGGCGCCUUAUUUGGGAAGCCAUGCCUAGAUCAAGCCACGAGGGCGUAGCUUCAGCAAUCAUGGGUUCAGACUGCUUGGUGUUCGAUAAUUCCAUUGCCCAGCACUUUGCCGACAACGGGAAUUUAGGUAUCAAUGUUACCAUUUCGUUAGUUUGCUAGGUACACGACGUGUCCUUAAGUCAUUAAAUAGCUUACAGAAUAAUUAUGGAUAACAAACAUAUUUUUUUGGUUCUUCUUACCAGUAGGACUGGUUAAAAAAGAGUUUGUAUUUUCACCAGAAGUGCUGGCCACAUAAACACAAUUGCGAGUUUUACUUAACGUUGUUAAGAAGAACAGAAUUGUUUUUUUUUUUUGUUUAAAAAGUACUGAAGUUUUAGCUGUCUAUGUUGUUUAGUUUAAAUGUUAUAAUUAUAGAAUAUGAAAUUAACGCGGUCGAUGCUGGGUUUGUUUUGUCGUUUAUUUUCAUUUACUAUAUGCUACUAAAAUUCACAGGGUAUUCAAAUUAACAGACAUAAACUUUAAAUUCAUUUUAUUAGAGGCUAAGUUUGUAAAUAUAUUCGUCCAAUUUAAGUUUAUGUUUUUAUUUAUUUGAAAACCCUGAACUAUGUCGUCCAUGGGGUCACUUCACCUUGCCCUACAUGCUUAAACAAUGCCUUUUACAAAUGACGAGAUCACCGAAGUGUCAGUUGAAAAAUAUUGUAUGUUGUAUAUAAAAAAUAAUCUGACUUUUCAUAUCAUCCGUUUUAUAAUUUGAUAUUUUAUAAUAAUUUUAUUUGUUUUUUUGUAUAAUUUGUUGUUAAGUAUUAUGCCACAUAUUUAUUAUUGGGCCAUGACUACAUUCUGUAUGGAUAAACUUUUGGUAAAGAAAUUGUGUUCAUUAUUUUAUUUAUUUAGUACAAAUUUAGAAGUAAGACUUUCAAAAAGUCGGCUAAAUUUCAGAGGCUAUGAAAAAACUGAGAAUUUCAUGUCUCUUACUUUAAGUGGGCAUAUUUAUUAUAACGUAAUUAUUUUAUAAAACUGAUAUAUUUUCAUAAUUUCAACUAAAUAAUCAAUUGUUAAACAUUACAUUUGUGUGUUUUAACGAAUCAUAGAUUUAAAUAUAUACAUACUAUUUUUACAUUUACAGUCAAAUAUUUCAGUAUAUCUCAGUAUUGUCUCCAUUUUAUACAUUAGACCUUGUUAGUUGUUACAUUAAUUAUUUGAAUUUUAUAGUGUCGAAAUUUCCUUGAGUACUACACUUGUGUAUCGUGCAUUUACCUCAAAUAGACCUCAACAAUUUGUUGUGUGAUGUUCCACAAUGGUUAAAAUAAAAGUAACUAUUAAGAGAAACUGAUGAAUGAAUUUAUUGACUAGUUAAACAAUUACAAAACUAAUAAUUAUCUUCGUUGUACGAAAAUAAUUUUCUGUAAACUCUGAUUUAAUUUGUAAAACCUCUCUUUACUGUUUUUGCGGUGUCAAAAAAUAACAGUGAUACAAAACGACAUUGAAAUCGAAAUUAGAACAAAAACUCCUUAAUCCGUUCUUUAAACGAAUUUUUAUGAGACAUGAUAUUCUUGGUUUGAGGACACACACAGGAUAUUAUACAACCAGGGUCAAUUUGUAUUUAUCAUAAAUAUUUAUUAGAUAGAGUGCUUUAACAAAAAACACCCUGUAUAAAGAAAGGAGUUUGGUUUGAAUCACAAAAUUAAAUGCAUGACAAUAGAUUUUGUAAUAUGAUACACAAAAUAGUUUCUUCCCAAUAAGGCAUUAACUAACACUUGUGAUAUAUGAGUACAGUUAAUCAUAAAUAUAAUCUAAAAAUAAAAGUGUGAGAGGUUGAAUCUUUUUACUACUCACUAUUCUAGAUGAUUUUCAAACACUGCUUCGUUGAAAGAUUGAAAUUGAAACUUGGUAACCAAAAUGUGUUUUAUAGAGUGACAAAUAGUAGAAGAUAACUAGUUUAGUUUUCUUUUAAGUUUCUGUAUCCAAACAAUUCAUAACAAAAUGAACCUCGCGUAUACAUUAACGUAUAAAUAUGUCUAUGUUUUAUUUCUAAGACUAAGUGCAGAAGACACAUGUUUGAAAACCACCUGGUUCGUUUCCAAUUUUUAUCAUUAGUCUAAGCCAUAAAUGUAAAAGAAAUCGUCAUUCUUAGUUUUAAUUUGAGAUAAAUAUAUUUUUAUGGAUACUUAGUUUUGACGAUUUCGUUUUAUGCUUGUGGAUGUUAUUAUUUAGCCGUUUUUUUUCUUAUAUUUUAAAUGUAUGUUUGAUAAAUUUAUUGCUUAAGGAAAUGUAAUUUGCAAUAAAAUUCAUUUAAUGUUUAUAA